AUGGGAAGUUUGCUAUGGAUUUCAAGGUGCACGCGACCGGACAUUUGCUUUGUGGGGCACAAGGCAACACGACAAACGCACAAACCGACGACCAAGGACUGGAAAACUGCAAAGAGAAUCACGCGCGACUUGAAGAUGUCGAAGGAUUUGAAGCUUCAUCUGGGCGGCGAUGUAUCGGCUUCCAAGGACAUACUAGUCGAGUGCUGGAGCGACGCAGAAUUAGCGGUAGACAAAUCGAAAUCUUCGUCUAUAGCUGGUUGUAUUCUGACCAUGGAUAAAUCUGUUAUCCUUUGGUUGUGCAAGAAGCAGUCUGGUGUGUCGCUGAGCACAAUGGAGGCAGAGUUCAUCGCAGCAUCUCAAGCUGGACGCGAGCUGCUGGGGAUGAAAGGACUACUAGACGAGUUAGAGUUGAGCGUCAUCAAGACGAUGCCGAUGUGGAUGAACAACCAAGCGGCUAUCAAGCAGAUCGAUUCGGAGAGGAGUACGUCGAGCGCCAUGCACGUAAACAUCAGGUUCGAACUUAUCUGCAACCACUCGAAAGAAGGGAUUGUGGCUCCAAGGUUUGUCAAGUACCAAGACAUGAUGGCCGACAUCCUGACGAAGUCGCUGCCGGCACCAAGAAUGGAAGAACUGCGUGCGAUGUUCGGAUUGAAGACAACUCAGGAUGAAACCGAGGAGGAGUGUUAG